CCGAUCUCCUCUAUCUCCCUUCUUUCCAACUCAACGUUCCUUUGUUCAUGAGAGCUCUCGGGUGGUCAUAACAUGGAUAACCAGAACCCCUCACUCAUUUGCAUCGGUAUAUUGGUGCUCUCUAGUGGUGUCUUAUUGGUUUAUACAUUGUUGAUUAUUUGGUCACCACCCCCCAUAAUCACCCAUGAAUCGGAAAAGAAGUACCGAUCUCAUUCAUCGACGAAACCCCUACCUCUCACCCGACUCGACGAGCCAAGCAAGGUUGAUUUGACGGUUGUAGUUCCUGCGUACAAUGAAACCGAACGUCUUCCUGCGAUGAUGGCUGACACCAUUGGUCACUUGAGCUCAUUGAAGACAAAGCGGACUUUUGAAAUUCUCGUCGUCGAUGAUGGGUCAAACGACGGUACCUCGUCCACAGCCUUAAAACUGGCAGCCAAAUACCCAAAAUAUGACAUCAAAGUUGUCACCCUGGAGAGAAACAUUGGAAAGGGAGGUGCCGUUCGACACGGGAUGUUGUACGGCGGAGGCGAACGCCUCUUGAUGGCGGAUGCGGAUGGUGCAAGUCGGAUGGAGGACCUAGAGCUGCUAUGGAAAAGCAUGGAUGAGAUCGCUCCCAACCACGGACCCGCCGUGGUCGUUGGAAGUAGGGCACAUCUAGUGAAAUCCGAGGCGGUUGUCAAGCGCUCAUUCCUCCGAAACGUGCUCAUGUAUGGUUUACACACCGUCUUGAGGAUCGUAGGCGUGGGUCAUAUCCGGGACACCCAAUGUGGUUUCAAGCUAUUCUCGCGAUCAGCGGCUCAGCAGAUAUUUCCCGCCCAACAUCUGCCGACAUGGAUAUUUGAUGUGGAGCUCCUGCUUCUAGCCAAACAGCUCCGUAUUCCGGUGUCUGAGGUGCCAAUAGAGUGGCAUGAAGUGGCAGGGAGCAAGUUGAAUGUCGUCACAGCAUCUGUGCAGAUGUUGAGGGACCUGCUUAUUGUGAGGGCUAACCACCUUCUCGGACGAUGGACAGCUUCGCCAACGAAGAUGAAAUCGGACUGAUAGACUGUCGUUGUAUUACUUAGAACCGUAUACCCGGCCAUCUAAAUGCACAUUCAAAUUGAUAUUU